AUGGAGAAUGGAGAAAACCACAGCGGGAUAGAUAUAACUCCCUAUUGUGACACCGGUGAAGUGUUCGAGGCCGACAGGAUACGAGAAGUAUGGGAAAGGGAAGAUAAAGAAUGGCUGCAAAAGACCAAAAACGAUGCCAGUGGAUAUGCAUACCCGGCACUGGGCAAAUCGCCGUAUAUUGGUGAGACGAGUGAUGGCAGGAUGGAAAAGAAGGUUCUGUGUCAAGACAUAUUUUGGUCAUGCGACGGUACCUCGCUUGUUUCUGUACAUAACGAUUUUGGCAUUAGGCAGUAUUUAAUACCGGAGGAAAACGAUGGCGACAACAAAAACAAAGAACUACUGCUUCUACUGCCGUUCAGUAGAUUCUUCAAGAACCAAUCCAUUGUUUCGUGUGCAGUACACCCACUCUACUCGCUUUAUGAUGAACCGUCGGGCGGAGUGGCUACCGACAAAAUCGCGAUUGGAAGCAAGAACUUUCCUUUGCAGCUGUACUCCGUGAUGGACGGACAAUGCGUUGCGACCUUCGACACGACGAACGAAAUGAAUGGAGAAUACGAGACUGCGUACAGCGUGAAAAUCGAUACCGAAGCGCAUAUCUAUACCGGCUCGCACCGAAACAAAGUGGCCAUAUACGACAUGCACCGGCGGGAAGCCGUGUGGAUGCACCGCAGCAGCAAGAAAGCGAGCAAGGGAAGGCACAGCAUUAUCUCGUGUUUUGAAGAGCAGCCAGCGGGAGCGGCUGCUCUUCCAAGAGGACCCUUGCUGUGCGGUAGCUACGCUAAUGAACUGUUCCUAGUGGACCCCCGCCACCAGCAGCCGGUAGCGAUAAGCCGCAGUGGCCAGAAGGCGGCCAUGGGCGUCAUCCAGAUCCUCACUAGCGACAACGGGCGGUACGUGUAUGUCGCUAGACGCAACAGCGAUAAGAUCAGUGUCUACGACCGCCGGGACCUGCAGCGCGAGGUGAGCCUGCUGGCGCUGCCCUUCCGCGUCCGCCAAGACUCUGCCAAGUUCAAAGCAUGCGUGGAUGCGACACACGGGCUGAGUAUGGGUACUCCGUGGGGGGCCGUGCUGAAUUGGGGCCACGACCUGGUGGAGUUCGGAGGAGUCUCCCCGCAUCAGCGAAGUGAAGAACAGGCUGUAGCUUCCCUUCCGCCAGAGUCAGAAUGGAGCACUGGUCCCGAGUCCAUGGGAUUUACCACGACGGUGGUGAAGAGUUGUCCUACAGAGCCCGGUCUCUUGGCGCUGGCCCACGGGGGCACGAUCUCACUGGGCAGGCUCAGCGGCUAA